AUGUGUUGUCUCCCCAGCGGGGGCAUCCUGGCGGACGAGAUGGGCAUGGGCAAGACAUACCAGGCGAUCCUGCUGAUGAUGCUCAGCCCCAAGCCCCCUCUGCCGGCGGACGCAAGCGCCGCCGCCGCGCCGACCACCGCUGUGCUUGGCGCCGUGGCGCCCGACAUGGGCGGCGCAAGGGCGCUUGCAGUUGGGGACGGCCCCAUCGGAGGCAGGCUGGGCGUGAAGACUACCCUUGUGGUGGCCCCGGAUCACCUGACAGCGCAGUGGGAGGCAGAGAUCCGCGUGGUGGACGCCGGGGGCCGCCUGAAGGUGUUGGUCUGGGGCGACAUGGCACCCAUCGGCCCCGCAGACCCAGGAGGCCCCGGCGACACCAACAGCGGCGGGGCCGCCGAUGACACUGACGGGGCCGCCGGCGACGACGGAAGGGGUGGCGCGGGCUACAUCACUGGGCGCAAGCGCAGCCGUUCGCGCGGGCUGGACGCCGUGUGCCUCAGCGCAGGGGAGCAGCGGGACUUUGAUAUCCGCACCGAGAUGGCGCCGAGGAUCCUGUCUGGAGAGUGUGAUGUCAUCAUCGUCCCGCUGAGCGUGGUGCAGCGCGAGCUUGGCACGUACGGGCGCCUGUCGCGGCUGUCGAGCGACCGCCAGAGGCGGCGGCAGGAGGGCGGCGCCUGCGGCGAAGCCGAGGGCGUGGGCGUGGACGUCUUGAGCAACGCCUCGACCCCGCCGGCCACGGCCAAGCCGGACUACUACCGGCAGUCCCCCCUCGCACAGGUGGAGUUCUGGCGGCUGAUCGUGGACGAGGCACAGGGCCUGGGCAGCAGCACACCAAACAAAGCGUUCAGAGACAUCGACCGCAUCGCGGCGCGGAGCAGAUGGCUGCUGUCCGCUGCGCAGCAGACUGGAGCAGAGGAUCAGGAAGAGGCGGCGGGGGUGCUGCUGGGCGCUCUGCGGCACUCGCUGCUGCGGCGCACGCUGGAGUGCCUGCCUCUGCAGGACCAGCCGCCAGCUCAGCGGUUUGUGACGCAGCGCUGCAAGCUGCAAUGCAGUGACGCCGUCAUGUACGAUAUCAUGGCCAACGCAGCAGUGGAAUACGUGGACAGCCCGGCCGCCACCGACGCCGGCGUGAGGGAGUUCUACACACGCCUAUUGGGAUGCGGGAUUGCCUCUCAGGUCGACACCUGCACGAACGCAGCCCUGCUGCACGACAAGGGCUACUUCCCAGAUCUGGUGCUGCCCGCCAGGGUCGGCCACUGCCAGUGUGCGCCACAGGACAUGAUCGCGGCCAUCGUGCACGGCGGCUGCCUUCUGUACCUCGGGCAGAAGGGCGCAGCGGCCGCGCGGCAGGCAGCGGCCGCCGCAACCGCGCUUCUGGGCAGCUGCCCGGCAGGGCGGCACUCCGCCCACACACUCGGCGCCGUCACGGAUCUGCUCUUGAAGGUCCGCAGCUACCUCCAGGAUUGCAGGCUGAGGCCAAUGGAGGAGGAGGACCGACAGGAGCAAACGCGCUGCAGCACGAGCAGCGGCAACAGCUGCACCAGCGGCGGCGCUGGGGCCGGCGACAGCGGGCAAGAGCACAGCCGCGACGAGCGGCGCGGCGCCGCCGCCGGCGGCGCCUGCGAAGAGGACGAAGGCGAGGGAGCGGAUUGCGAUGGCAUGGAGGAGGACGGCCUCGAGCAGAACGGGGAUGCGGGCGGCCGAAGGAAGCGCCGGGUCCGCAGCUCCAGUUGCCGCCACUACCGGCUGUGGGCGCGCCGCGCGGACCGCACCACCUACAUAACAGGCUACGCCCUGGGCGGCCUGCCGUGGGGUCGCCGGCGCUGGGACGCGGCGCGGGUGGAGCAGCUGCAGGUGCAGGCUCAGAUCCACUGGGCCGAGCUGCGGCUGGCUGAGGCUCUCGAGGCCGCAAGCAGCGGCACAUCCGAGGCCGACGGCGGGCGCGGCGCCGUCGGCGGCGCCACGGGCGGGGGCGAGGCAGGCGGCGGCGGCGGCAGCAGGAGCGGCAGCGCCGGCGGGAGCGGCGGGCGUGCGGGCGACGCGGCUGGUUUGGCAGCGCUGCAGCAGACGUAUCUUGCGGCGAUGCGAGAGUGCGGGGCGGACGACAAGGCGGCGGCGGUGCUGCGCGAUCUGCGCGAAGCAGUGCACCGCCUGCAUGAGGCACAGGCCACCGCGCGCAGCGCGUCAUCGCAAGUGAGGGCCUUUUGCACGAAGGCACCCGGCCUGGCGCAGCAGCAGGACCCCCGCUACGCAGCGGCGCUGGCCGUGGCGAUCGCCGGCUGCGAGCAGGUGUUGCUCGGGAGGGACGCGGCUCUCACAGCGUGUAAGUCCUUGUGGCUGCUGCUGCCGAACUGCAGCAUGCAAGAAGACGGCGGCGCCGCGGGCUUGGCGGCCCCUGGAAGCGCGGGCGGCGCCCCUGGCAGCGGCGGCGGCGGCGGCAGCAGCAGCGGCAGCAGCAGUGGCGGCGGCAGCGGCAGCGGCAGCGGCGGUGGCAGGUGCGCCGCGGACGGCGGCGGCGGUGUGGAGCGGCUGCUGCUUUUUCCAGUGCCCACGGCGGACCUGGAAGCUGCAUGCCGCGCGGCGGACGGUCCGGCCGGGCAGCAAGGCGGCCACCUGCCGGAGCAGCUCUCCAUCCUGCAGCAUCAACUGGGCACGCUGCAGGGCGAGAAAGCUGCGGCGGGUCGCGUCGUCGAGGCUGCACAGGGCGUGAUCAAGUUCCUCCAGCAUGUGCGGCCGCAACCGCCGGCGAUGGACGUUCAGGCGGCCGUUGAGGGCGCGCGGCGCCGCGGGGAGCGUCUCAGCAUGCUGCGGUGGCGGCUGCGCAGGGAGAUUAUGCCGGCUUUGGAGGCUGCGCGGCAGCAGGGCGAGGAGCUGGGCGGGGCGCCGGAGGGCAGCAAGGAGCAGCACCUGAGCAACUGCGGCACCAUGAUGGCCGAGCUGAACUCCAUGGUGCAGCAGCUGGUGGCCGCGAACGAGGCGCUGCCGCCCGACAAGCCUAUUGAGAAGUGGGUCAUCGUCACGAGGACCAAGCCCAUGUACUACCUGGUGUCGAGCGUGGUCCUCGACGUGCUCGGCCCCAGCGGGGUUGCGCACCUGUGCCGCGACGACUACAGCUCCAGCGACGGCCGGGCGGUCAAGAGGAGCGCGGGCCUCGGCGCGGCGGCCCGCGCCGCGCAGCUGCCGCGGAGGCUGGCGGCGUUCACGGACCCGGGGGACCGGCGGACGCCCGUGCUGCUGCUCGACUCGAACGCGCGGAACGAGCAGGAGGCGUCCGGGCUCAGCCUCAUACGCUGCUCCAAGAUCAUCCUGGUCGAGCCCAUUACCUCGCGCUCCGCACUGCGCCAGGUCCUGGCCCGCACGUACCGUCUCGGCCAAGACAAGGAGACUGAGGUGGUGUCGCUCGUGCCGCGCGGCACGCUGCACGAGCUCAAGCACCAGCGGUGCGCGCCCCCGCCCGCCCGCCGCAGGGACGCGCGGGCUGGCAUGGCGGCGGGCGGCACGCAGCACGGGUUGGUCGAGCCGCUGCUCAAGUCAAUCGUGGCGCAGCGCGCCGCGGGCGGCGGGGAAGCAGGGGGCAGGCCGGCGGCCGGGGCCCGCGCGGGCGCGCGCAGGGAGCAGCUGAGGCAGCAGGUGCAGGGGGAGGCGGAGCCCUCGGUGGACCAGAUGAAGGAAGAGCUGCGGGAGGCGUUGCAGCACUGGCGGCGGGAGCGGGGCACGUGA